AUUUUUACCUUGUCAAACAGUGAGAAGCCAAGUUGGGCCGACUUAGUGGAAGAAGGAGAAUCAGGUACGGCUAUUAAGCAGUCCCAGCAAAAUUAGUUUAUCUCUUUCCUUCCUCAGUCAAACACUACAAAUUAUGUUACUUUCACUCCCUGGAGGUUCAAAAAAUCAUCAUUCCACCAUACAUUGUAUCACUCGUCAAUAUCUCAGUGUGUCUGGUGUUUUGGAAGCUGUUUUCAUCUUAAUAUCGAAGACCAACAAAGGAAUGUGGAGAUAAUUAUCGGCUGUUUAUAUUUUUCUCCUCUUAGAUCACUUACCCCCUGGAUCAGAGGUUAUUGAAGGAGACACAAAAAUUGUAACUGAGUUCAAAAGGAAUGAAGAUGGAAAGCUACUUAAGGUUCUAUAAUAUUUACAACUCUUUUACCAUUUAGGAAACUGGGCAAAGUUUACUUUCAAAAAGAUUCCAGGGACUGUUACUAGGGACAGGGAAAAAAAUUCAGGGGCACCCAACAAGAAUAUAGUUCAAAACCACUUACCGGUAAACAUAGCAUUCUUAAACGUAUUUUAGUAUAAUUUAAACGGUAGAUAUAGGCUUUUUUUUUUUCAUCUGUUCGGAUUUCGAUUUUGAGAUAAAUAUUAGCGAUAAAAAAUCACGACGUUUCGACCUCUCCGAGGUCAUUUUCAAGUGUAUAAAAGUUCUCUAAAUUAGCAUAAAUAAGUUAAAAACAAGUUAUAAUAGAUAAAAAUGUGGUGAACGCUAAAAUGUGAUAAAAUAUGUAAAAAUGUAAAAAGUGCUAAAAAUAUUUAUAAAGUCAAAAAACAAUGGAAAUAAAACAGUGUUAACAAGAACUACUCUAAACAAAUAAUUUGGCGCGAAUUGAAUCGCACUGUUUGUUAUGCGUCGGUUUCAGUUCUUGGAUAAAAAACAUUUCAAAAAUAAGGCAGUCAAAUUUGUUCUGACACUUUCUUAAGAUUCUAAAACUUUGUGCGAUGUCUUCAGGCUCCAUAUCAUGCUGCUCUCUGAGGUGGUUUCCGAUUGCCGAUCCUUGUGUUCUUCAAUUCGUUGGUGUAGGUGUUGGCACGUGUAGCCGACAUAGCCUGCAUCACACAGGCUACACUAGAAAGAAUACACCACGCAUUGUUGACUCACAAGAGGCGGCUUGUCUUCCUUGACCUUAAUUUCAUCUUUGAUCUUCCUACUUGUGUAAACUGGGCUGAUUUCUGCGUUGAUCUUCCUACUCAGGUCAGCCAGCUGUUUACGUACUACGUUUGCUGAUUUUUGCUGUUCGGAUUUCCUAGCUGAAAGUCUAGUGAUCUGAAAAUUCUAGAGAUCAAAACUUACCUUUUCAAAAAUUUUAGCCAGAAAAAGGCUCCUGAAAAUUCUAGGUGACCUUUUUAGGGUAGAAAUCCGUUAAAAAUGGGCAAUUAUACCAUUUUUUAGACGUUCGAAAAUUCUAGGAGAGGCAGACAAGCAAGAAAUUUUGCAACAAAUGUUCUGAAAAUUCUAGAUCUCAAAUCGUCUUCUGAACAGAUAUUUUCCGAAAAUUGACGUUGGGUGCCCCUGAAAAUUGGCCAAUAGCUGACCAGGAAGUCCCCAAGAAUGAUCCCAGAAACAAUAUUGCGCACAAGGCAUUUUGGUACCAACCUCCUCAUCAUUUCUAAAGUGGUGAAUUAUCACUGUGUAAAUAUACACAGGUUAAUACAGAUGAAAAAUAAUUAAUGUAACAUUGAUCAGAUAAAAUUAAUGUACAUGUCAUGGUUCAAUUCUAUUCUUAGUUUAAAUGACUCUUCUAUAUUUCAAACUCAGUAUGAUACAUUACCAUACCCAUAAAAAAGGAAAAUAAAACUUAAACCAUCAAUGAAAUUCAACUCACAACAUAUUACAGUACCGCCCAAAAGUAAGUUGAAAGUCACUCAAGUAUUGAUCCUCAAGUCUUGAGACUCGAAACUUUCAAGAAUCAAGUCUCGAGAAUCGAUCGAUUCUUGGGUUUCAAGUAUCAAGAGUCGAGUCAAAAAAUAUAAUGAGCUUGUCACUUGACUGAUCUCUCAAGGAACAAAUUCAUCAAGCAGACAGCUCUCUGGUUUAAAGGGUCGUGAAGUGCAUGCUGCAGGCUGCCACAAAUGGCUUUUGCAAGCCUCUCUGUCUUUCGUGUGAAACAAAAUUUGCCCUUUCCAAUUGUAUCCGUGCGUUUAAUGGGCGAGUUGAAUGGCUGACAAUUUCCCUGCUUUUUCUGUGCUUUUAAAACUAAAAUGUAAACUUUUGGUCGUUGGCCCCUGGCUAAAAAUUACUGCUGAUAAAAGGCAACAAACAAGCACAAAUGCUGUGUAAUUUUUCCCCUGUGGUGCAGUUCAAGUUUCUCCUCUAAAAAUGACCUCGAAUGAGAAAGUCUUGGAGAAACCUUCAGUUAGCAUGACUGUUGCCUUUAGAAAUGUUAGGGCGCUGUUGUAUGCAUUAAAGUGUUGCAAAUUGUGUGUCAAGUUAAAGCAAGUGAUUUCAAAUUAUGCUUGACAUGUGCAAAUUUUACUUUUAUGUUAGCAUUCUAGCUUGCUAUAAAUAGUUAUACUUGGGGAUUUCUUAUAUACUUUUCUGUCAGCUUUACACUAUGCCUUUCUAAUUUUGUUAAACGUUUUGUGGUAAUUCUUGAAGGGCUCGCAAAAAAGUGAAGUUUAUGAAAAACAUUUAGGGCAGCUAUCAUAAUUCAAGAUCAUAUCUCUCUAAAUUUAUCUACGCGGUCACGACGAACAUAAUUACAUACCUUCAAACAUUUAAUAUGCAUGAAAAUAAAACAUCUCUUAUAGUUCAUAAUAUUGUAAAAAUACAGAGACUCAAUUAUCCGAAAUUCAAGAUAAACAACCGUUUAUUCUGUUUAUUGGUCCUUUUUUAUCACGGAAAAACUUGCACAUGGCAAGUGUACAUGUCAAGGGCCGAUGGUCAGCGUGGAUUUUUGCUUUAGCAUAAAUCAGAAUGGCUAUUAUCUUUGUUGAGAAAUAAAUCAUUUUCUUAGAAUCCUCUGGAGUGAUGCAUACUCAAAUUGCUGGUUUCUCGAAACUCAAAACUCAAUUCUUGCGUCUCGAGACUUGAUUCGCGUGUCUCAAAACUCAAUUCGUUCGAGCUUCAAGUCGCGACAAUCGAGUUUUGAGUCGCGACUGUCAACUUACUUUUGCACAGUACCGUAUAAUAGUGUUAUAAUUUCAUAUACAGAUUGUGAGGACCUUUAAAAUUGAAACAAAAAGAGUUUCAAAGGUGAUAGCAAAAAGAAAGGUAAGUGAAUGUUCUGUAUUUCAAAUUUGAGUACUGCAUCUUCUCAAUUAAGAGCCUUACCCUUAAUAAGCCCUGGUUAAUAACCUAAUUUCCACUAGUCCAGCUGUUAAGGUAGCCCGAACGUAUUUAUAAGCCUGUUAGUUAUGUUUUUGAAUUGCCUUUUUGAGCAGGAAUGAUUUAACCGAUUUUUGUUGUGGAGGUGUGUGUGGCCGAGCGGUUAACACCUCGAACUCUGGAUCUGGAGGUCCAGGGUUCAAGCCUUGCCCAUCACAUUGUUUCCUUAGACAAGGAACUUAACUCCACUUUGUUUCUCGUCACCCAGCUGUAUAAAUGGGUACCGGCAACAUGCUGCUGGGGGUAACCCUGCCAUGGACUAGGAUUCCAUCCAGGGGGGGGGGGGAGUAGCAAUACUUCUAGACAUGCUUCAUGCUAUGGAAACGGGUAUAAGCUCCGGCUGUUUGGACCUUGGGUCUAUCAUUUUGGGUCCAAAUUCUCGACAUACUCCAGACAUUUUUGACUCAGAGGAAACUGAUUAGCUUUAGUUUCGCGCACUUUAUUUCAGAUCUAUCUUUCACAAAUUAAUUACUGUAACAACAUUUCAUCUCCAUGGUCAUUGUAAGAAGAAUAACUCUCAACAUCUGCUUGCUGGAUCUCGGUCAAGUUUUAAAAAUACAUUUGUUCCUGUUGUUUAAGCAACUUUGUUUCUUUUUGUACAUCGCAUUAAUCUUCUCUCCUUUAAAAUUUUACCCCACCUUUCAUGUUACCGGUAAUUUUCUUUAUUGGAAAGUACUUUUCCUUUAAUUCACGUUAAUUUAAGUCGCGUUAAUUUCAAAUACCUUAACACUCAAGCGUUAAUUUCUUAUAAUAAGGUAUUAUUCUUUUGUAAUGCUAUUUGAGUCAGUGCACAAAUAUAUAUGAAGCAGUUACAUGUAUUAGUUCUUGCAGUUUCAAAAUUAGUUGUUCUUAUAUGAUUUAGAGGCAAAAAUAUCAUUGAUUGUACAAGAGAGCACUCCAAAUUCCUGUCUGUAGUUGCAACAAGGAUAUCCAUAUUCUUGCUCUGCUUUCAAAAUCAAAAGUUGCAAUGAGACACAGGAAUGUUGAGUGCUCUCUUGAGUGAAAAAUACCCUGGCAAAGCAGGCUAGCACCUUGAUUUUGUGUUGAAUACUUUUGCUUACAUGUGUAUGGGUCAUUCACUACUUUGUUGUUUAUGACUGUCUUAGCUAUGGAAGAAAUUUGGAGAUGCUAAGAAUGAUGGUCCAGGACCAAAUCCAUCAACAACUACAGUCACUGAUGAUGUUUUCCUCAUACUCACUUCAAACAAGGAGGUAACUUAAAAUUAUGUUGACCAGUUUUGUAAAUUUUCUUAUAAUUCUGUUUGCAAAAUAAACUAAACCACGGAAGAUUAGCUUGGUUGUUAGAGUGAUGGACUGCCCUAGUGGGAGGUUGCAAAUUUGAUCCCUCUGACCAGAUAUAUACUCUGGGUCUUACAGAAACUAAGGUACUUCCUUGGCUUGCAAAAUUAAUAACUAGACUUUUGCAAGGGAAAAAGCAAGUGUCCUUAAUAUUUUUUCGCUAGUAAUAGCUUAAGAUUAGGGAGAGCAGGUGAGAUUGAUCAAAGGUUAAAAUGCUCUUGCUCAAAGGCUGUGCUUUGCUUACUUGUAAGUUUCACAUGAUGGAAGGUCAAAAGAGGGUUGAAGAUUUUCCAGGAAGAGCAAUUUUUAGCUCUUUUGAAAUUGAAAAGAUAAAAGUUAUUACUCAAUUGACAUUUCUAGGACUUGCAACAGGAAAAUGAUGAUCCACUUAAGAAGCUAAGUCAAAGCCAGCAGAAGAUUGUACAGUGCCGUCACUGCAAAGGAGACCAUUGGACUACCAAGUGCCCGUACAAAGAUCAACUAGAAAUGAUACAAAGUCAAGUCAAUGAUUCUAAACCUUCUACCGGUAAAGUGUUUACAGUAUCACUGAGGUUACAUAUAUACUUUGUAAUAACUGCUCUCUAAAAGAUGAGAAAUUUGUCAUUUUUCUUGUCCAUCAAUCCUAGAAAUUGUUUAGCAAAGUUUUGCCUGCUGUUAAGUCCAGUCAAACUCUUAAUUUGAAAGACUAGCUGCCCACUCAGGCGUUUUUAGGGGAGCUCAUAUUUCGUCCCUCCCCACUUAAAUACCUGCUCAACCGAGAACAACAUUCCUUUCCCAUUGUUUUAUUCACAGGGUAAGUGACCAAUCAGUUGUGAAAUAAACUGUUGAUACGCUAAACAUGACUCAUAACCUCGUGGUAGUGUAAAAACAUGACCCCAGAGUUACGUUUUUUCUUCUUUUCUUUCCUUUGCAAAGGUUAUUCAGUGCAUGGAGUAUUCUAAAAUCUGACUAAAUCUUACUUUUGCCGCUCUGAGUCUAACAUUUAUUAGAGGUUAUAAAGCUUUCCUUGUGUUUCCUGCAGAUUGAGUAAUUAACAGGUUACCCUGCGGUCAAAGUCAACUUUCCAGUUUUUGGAAAGUACAGUGUGAUAUUUGCUAAUCUCCUGUUAAGCACCCUGGGAAAGGAAACAUCCUUGUUGUUCUCCAUUGGGCAGCCGUCCAGUUUUGAGUUAACCAGUGUUGUGGGGGGGGUGCGGCGUUAUUUUUAACAUAACAGUGGGGGUUAGGGAUGAAAUAUGAGUUUUUCCCCCCUUCUGAAAAACAGUCCCUAAGCUUGGGAAAGGAAAUUUGUUCUCCGUUGGGCAGUUGGAGGUUAGCAUAAGAUAUUGGCAUGUUUGAUGUCACAUUGAAUCAGACUUCUGACAAUGUACUGGGACACUUUGUCUUGUGAGUUUCUUGUGAUUGCCUGUCAAAAUGUGAUCAUGUAAGAAAUAACGCCAAAUUUGCUCGGAAAGCUAUGUGAGGAACUUUUCAUUUUUGAUUUUGUUUGUUUUGAGUCAAGGUUUGCUGUGGUUCUGUUUUUAGGAGCAGCCGCAGGUACUGCAGAACCAUCUGCAGCAUCCAAGACUGGGAAGUACAUUGCACCUGGGUUGCGUGAAGGUGCGGCAAACCGAAGAGGAGAGACUAUGCCCCGUCAGCGUCAAGGUACAUUGUAGUAUUGAACUCUUAGAGCAUUUACUUUUAAAGUGGCUAAAGUUAACUUAGGGGCUGUGUCACGGCAGUCCAGAUCAUUUUGUUUAAUUUUGCCAAUUACUGGCCCUCAAUCGCUAUGGAACUUAAAAUAAGCAAAGAAAUUACAUGUAAAUGACAAAGUCAGAGAUUCAAGACAAACAAAUAUGUCUCAUGAGCAUUAUUUUUGAAGUUGCGAACAGCAGAGAUCAACUUUGAAAAACUGUUAGAGUGAACAGCUUUCAAAACCCCUAAUUUCAAUCUGUUUCAAUCUUCCUCAGUUUUGCCCAUCCGUGGCAUCUGUUGUAUAUGUUGUGUUAUUUUGACUGUCCUUUAAUGUUUUAAGCGGUUAUUUUUAUGUUUCUCUUGGAUUUAACAGGCAUUUUGUAAUACCUAAUUUGGCUGAAUUUCGUGACGCAGUGCCUUUAAAAUUCAUCAAAAUGUCCACAUUUCACUUUGUAAAAUACUGGAAAACAAAUAGUACAUUGUACUGUACCAUGGAAAAGUACUGCUAAAGAGGUUUCAACUGAAUGGUCACACCAAUGACAUGUAUGAAUCUUUCUGGACUCUAAAAUUUGAACCAUUUUUGAUAGUGUUACUACCCAUUAAGCCCCAGUGUCCAUAUAUAAAUCCUCAGGACUGAUCUCCAUACAUUUCCCUUAUGGAAUUAGUUGAGAGAAUUUAAUAAAAGAUCUAAACAUUCUCCUUUUGGUAUAGAGUGUUUUCAUUCACGUGGCCAGCAUCUAUGCAAAUUUAUUGGAACAAAAGAAAGCGUUUGCAUAAGAAAAGAGUUCAACUCCCGCAGGAUUAGUUUGGAAAACCAACAUGGCCGCCGUUUCAUCGUUUUGGGACACCAAUAUGGCCGCCGUGACGUCAUGUGAAAACACUCUAUAGCCGACAGUCGAUUGCUUCGAGUCGUGAGGGAGUAAAAACGACUCGAAGUAAUUGUCUGAAAUUCAGGCUAUCUUUGGUAAUUAUUAUUUUAUUAUUUUCCUUGCUCCAGCAUCUUUAACAGGCUGUAAAGCACUAAUGUAUUUAUCAUGUUUCUGUUUCUACCUUAAUUAGAUGAAACAGCGACUAUUCGGGUAACAAACUUGUCUGAAGACACCAGAGAAAAUGACUUGAAUGAGUUGUUCCGUCCAUUUGGCUAUAUUUCCAGGAUCUUCUUAGCCAAAGACAAGAUAACUAACCAGUCAAAGGUAUGAUGCUUGACUUGCUCGCAAUCUUAUGGCGGCCCCUUUUUUGUCCCUCUUUCAGAUAGUUAACCGGCCCUAACCCCAAUAUCCACAUACAAAUUCUCCAGACUUAUCUCCGUACAUUUCCUUGUAGAAUUAGUUCGGAGAAUUUGUAAAAGAGGAAAGUAUUUUCCUUUCGGUGAUCAUUUUAUUGAUUCUCAUUUAACUUUUUCUCAUGAAUACAUGUGUGUGGUGAUAUUAGUGAGCUCACGCAACAGGACGGGAGAGGAAAGAAGGCGUAAACCUUAAAACCUUGCGUGACAAGCGUGACAAUAAGUUUGUUUGAAAACGUUUUCGCCAAACUUCACCCGCCUUUAACAGAAAACAUUAACUUAAGUGAAGAUCACCACUAAAGACAUAAGUAAUAGGCCUGUCGCGUUUGUCAGACACAAGCGUUUUGCCGUCCUCUUCUUUCUGCCUUCUGGUUGCUUAAACUCACUAUUGUCAGAAGAAAAUUGAUGUUGGUCACUCGUGGUACUUUAAAGAGUAGGCUAUAAAAAUUUCCAUUUUCUCUGUUUGCAGGGUUUCGCCUUUAUAAACUUUCAAAGACGCGAUGAUGCAGCCCGUGCGAUUAUGGCGCUCAAGGGAUUUGGUUACGAUCAUCUUAUCUUAAAUGUCGAAUGGGCCAAGUAA